UGACGAUUGCGGAUUGCAGCAGAUUUUUGGAGUCUUUUCAGUGCCUUGGGUCGGCCGAGUGCGCUGUUCACCCAGAGCCUCGCGGUAAUCUUUCUGUUCAGGCGUCACCGUGGGCAGCCUAUCCUUUCCUGGGUCCUCCAUGCGGCCGGAGAGCUCCGUUAGUACCCCUCCAAGAUGGCGACGCUGUUGGCGGUAAAUUCGGCUGCUAGCCUAUGGGGUCCUUACAAAGACAUUUGGCAGACCGUUGGAAAUGCUCUUUGGAGAAGACAACCUGAAGCUGUCCACCUUCUUGACAUGAUUUUGAAGAAACACAAACCUGAUUUCAUCUCCUUAUUCAGAAAUCCACCAAAGAAUGUUCAACAGCAUGAGAAGGUCCAGAAAGCCAGUACAGAGGGAGUUGCCAUCCAGGGUCAACAGGGAACCCGACUUCUUCCUGAACAGCUCAUUAAAGAAGCCUUUAUUCUCAGCGACCUUUUCGAUAUUGGAGAAUUGGCAGCUGUGGAGCUUCUCCUUGCUGGAGAGCACCAACAGCCACAUUUUCCUGGUCUCACCAGAGGAUUAGUAGCUGUUCUUUUAUAUUGGGAUGGAAAGCGGUGCAUUUCGAAUUCCCUUAAAGCCUUGGUACAGUCUAGACGAGGAAAGACAUGGACUCUAGAACUCAGUCCAGAGCUGGUCUCUAUGACAACACGCUUUACAGAUGAGCUGAUGGAGCAAGGAUUGACUUAUAAAGUUCUUACUCUGUUGUCACAGAUUGAUGUGAAUAAUGAAUUUGAGAAACUGCAGCGAGAAAGAGGAUUGGGCAGUGAGAAACAUCGUAAAGAGGUUUCUGAUCUCAUUAAGGAGUGUAGACAGUCUCUGGCAGAAAGUCUUUUUGCCUGGGCUUGCCAGUCUCCGUUAGGCAAAGAUGAUACUCUCCUCCUUAUUGGACAUUUGGAAAGAGUGACAGUUGAGGCUAAUGGCUCUCUGGAUGCUGUGAAUCUGGCUCUUCUUAUGGCUCUUCUGUACUGUUUUGAUAUCAGUUUUAUAGAGCAAAGCACUGAAGAACGAGAUGAUGUGAUUCAUCAGCUUCCACUAUUGACAGAGAGGCAGUACAUUGCAACAAUUCACUCUCGUCUUCAGGACUCUCAGCCUUGGAAACUGCCUGGGCUUCAAGCCACUAUUAGACUUGCUUGGGCACUGGCUUUGAGGGGAAUAUCUCAGUUACCUGAUGUGACAGCUUUGGCUGAAUUCACAGAAGCAGAUGAGGCAAUGGCAGAACUUGCAAUUGCUGACAGUGUUUUCCUGUUCCUCACUGAGUCUGUGGUGGUGUCCGAAAACUUCUAUCAAGAGGAAUUUUAUAUCCGAAGAACUCAUAACCUCAUCACAGAUUUCCUGGCACUCAUGCCAAUGAAGGUGAAACAACUGAAGAAUCGUGCAGAUGAAGAUGCACGAAUAAUUCAUAUGAGUGUGCAGAUGGGUAAUGACCCCCCUAUUUCACUCAGAAGGGAUCUGGAACACUUAAUGCUCUUGAUUGGUGAACUAUAUAAAAAAAAUCCCUUUCAUUUGGAGCUUGCCCUAGAAUAUUGGUGUCCCUCUGAGCCUUUGCAGACUCCCACUAUCAUGGGUUCUUAUCUGGGCGUGGCUCAUCAGAGACCUCCUCAACGCCAGGUUGUCUUAUCAAAGUUUGUUAGGCAAAUGGGUGACCUCUUGCCUCCAACUAUUUAUAUUCCUUAUUUGAAAAUGCUCCAAGGUUUGGCCAAUGGACCUCAGUGUGCCCACUACUGUUUCAGUCUGCUCAAAGUCAAUGGUAGUAGUCAUGUUGAGAAUAUUCAGGGAGCAGGUGGUAGUCCUGUUUCCUGGGAACAUUUCUUUCACUCGUUGAUGCUUUAUCAUGAACACCUCCGGAAGGAUCUUCCAAGUGCAGAUAGUGUCCAGUACCGUCACCUCCCUUCACGUGGUAUCACCCAGAAAGAGCAAGAUGGACUGAUUGCUUUUUUGCAACUCACAUCUACCAUCAUUACUUGGAGUGAAAAUGCCCGCUUGGCACUCUGUGAGCAUCCCCAGUGGACGCCUGUUGUGGUGAUUCUGGGCCUACUGCAGUGCAGCAUUCCCCCUGUUCUCAAGGCCGAGCUGCUGAAGACAUUGGCAGCGUUUGGAAAGUCUCCUGAAGUUGCUGCAUCCCUCUGGCAGUCCUUGGAGUACACUCAGAUACUGCAGACUGUCAGGGUUCCAAGCCAGAGGCAAGCAAUUGGGAUAGAGGUUGAACUCAAUGAAAUAGAAUCCCGAUGUGAAGAAUACCCAUUGACUCGGGCCUUUUGCCAGUUGAUCAGCACCCUGGUGGAGAGCUCAUUUCCUUCUAAUUUGGGCGCUGGUCUGCGGCCCCCUGGCUUUGACCCCUAUUUGCAGUUCCUUAGAGAUUCUGUGUUUCUCCGAUUUCGUACAAGAGCCUACAGGAGAGCUGCUGAAAAGUGGGAAGUUGCUGAGGUAGUUUUGGAGGUGUUUUAUAAACUACUCAGAGAUUAUGAGCCUCAGCUUGAAGAUUUUGUGGAUCAGUUUGUGGAACUACAAGGAGAAGAAAUCAUAGCUUAUAAGCCACCCGGCUUUAGUCUGAUGUAUCACCUUCUGAAUGAGUCUCCAAUGUUGGAACUUGCUCUUAGUUUACUGGAAGAAGGAGUUAAGCAGCUUGAUACCUAUGCUCCCUUUCCUGGAAAGAAGCAUCUGGAGAAAGCAGUACAGCAUUGUCUUGCACUUCUCAACCUUACUAUGCAAAAGGAAAAUCUCUUUAUGGAUCUUUUAAGAGAGAGUCAACUGGCUCUCAUAGUGUCUCCUUUAGAACAGCUGUUACAGGGAAUUAACCCCAGAACUAAGAAGGCAGACAAUGUGGUAAACAUUGCCAGGUACCUGUAUCAUGGGAAUACUAAUCCAGAAUUAGCUUUUGAAAGUGCCAAGAUUCUAUGCUGUAUCUCUUGCAACUCUAAUAUUCAGAUAAAAUUGGUUGGAGAUUUCACUCAUGACCAGAGUGUAAGCCAGAAGCUGAUGGCUGGAUUUGUAGAGUGUUUGGAUAGCGAAGACACAGAAGAAUUUGUACGUGUAGAAGAGGGCUCAGAACUUGAAAAGAAGUUAGCUGUAAUUCGUCAUGAGACAAGAAUCCACAUCUUGAAUCUUCUCAUCACAUCUCUGGAAUGCAAUCCUCCCAAUCUCGCUCUCUACUUGUUGGGCUUUGAAUUGAAGAAACCUGUCAGUACCACAAACCUACAAGAUCCAGGAGUGUUGGGUUGCCCCCGGACAUGCCUACAUGCUAUCCUAAACAUCUUGGAGAAAGGAACAGAAGGGCGAACAGGGCCGGUGGCAGUGCGAGAAUCUCCUCAACUGGCUGAGCUGUGUUACCAGGUGAUCUAUCAGUUAUGUGCAUGUUCUGAUACAUCUGGUCCUACUAUGAGGUAUUUGAGAACCAGCCAAGAUUUUUUAUUUUCUCAGUUACAACAUCUGCCUUUCUCCAACAAAGAAUAUGAAAUCUCUAUGCUGAACCAAAUGUCAUGGCUUAUGAAGACUGCCUCAAUCGAACUAAGGGUGACUUCUCUGAAUCGUCAGCGGUCACAUACACAGAGGCUCCUACACCUUUUACUGGAUGAUAUGCCAGUAAAACCGUACUCAGAUGGUGAAGGAGGAAUAGAAGAUGAAAAUAGGUCUGUCUCUGGGUUUCUUCACUUUGACACUUCUACAAAAGUACGUCGAAAAAUUCUAAGUAUUCUUGACUCGAUUGACUUCAGUCAGGAGAUACCUGAGCCUUUGCAGUUGGAUUUUUUCGAUCGGGCCCAGAUUGAACAAGUUAUUGCUAACUGUGAGCACAAGAAUUUACGGGGACAGACAGUCUGCAAUGUCAAGAUUCUGGAUGAUGAAGCAGCUCAGGAACUGAUGCCCGUGAUUGCGGGUGCCGUAUUCACUCUGACCGCCCACCUCAGCCAGGCCGUGCGCACAGAACAGAAGCAGCCUCUGGGCUCAGGCCCCAGAGACACCCAGUAUGCCUUUAUGCUUGAUGGUUCCUUCGCCUCACCUCUACCAACUGAGGGUCCCCUCAUGGGGUUUGCUUCAAUUGGAGAUUCUUCACUUCACAUCAUAUUGAAGAAACUUUUAGACUUCAUUUUGAAGACAGGUGGUGGAUUCCAACGCGUGAGAACUCACCUGUAUGGCUCUCUGCUUUAUUACUUACAGAUUGCUCAGAGACCAGACGAACCAGAUACCUUAGAAGCUGCUAAGAAAACCAUGUGGGAAAGACUGACAGCCCCUGAAGAUGUUUUUAGUAAAUUACAGCGAGAAAACAUAGCUAUAAUUGAGAGUUAUGGGGCUGCCCUCAUGGAAGUGGUCUGUCGAGAUGCUUGUGAUGGGCACGAGAUUGGAAGGAUGCUGGCCCUGGCUCUUCUUGAUCGGAUUGUCUCUGUGGAUAAGCAGCAACAGUGGCUUUUGUAUCUCAGUAACAGUGGCUAUCUGAAGGUCCUCGUGGACAGCUUGGUAGAAGAUGAUCGUAAUUUACAGAGCUUACUCACUCCACAGCCUCCUCUUUUAAAGGCCCUUUAUACUUAUGAAUCCAAAAUGGCCUUUCUCACAAGAGUGGCUAAGAUACAGCAGGGCUCUUUAGAGCUACUAAGAUCUGGGGUGAUUGUGAGACUAGCACAAUGCCAAGUCUAUGACAUGCGGCCAGAAACAGACCCACAUGGUGUGUUUGGCGUGAGAGAUCCCCCAAUGUUCAUCCCUACACCUGUGGAUCGCUACCGUCAGAUUCUGCUUCCAGCUCUCCAGCUGUGCCAGGUCAUUCUUACAUCCAGUAUGGCCCAGCACUUGCAGGCAGCAGGGCAGGUGUUGCAGUUUCUCAUUUCCCAUUCUGAUACCAUACAAGCAAUCCUUCGCUGUCAGGAUGUGAGUGCUGGCUCUUUGCAGGAACUGGCUCUGCUGACAGGCAUUAUAAGUAAAGCUGCACUUCCUGGUAUAUUAUGUGAACUUGAUGUUGAUGUAAACGAAGGAUCUCUAAUGGAGCUGCAAGGACAUAUUGGAAGAUUCCAGCGCCAGUGCUUAGGACUGCUAAGUCGCUUUGGUGGUGCUGACAGACUACGGCAGUUUAAAUUUCAAGAUGACAAUGUGGAUCGUGAUAGGGUGAACAAGAAGGAUGAGAUGGAACUGGCCAUGCAGCAGAUUUGUGCCAAUGUAAUGGAAUACUGCCAGUCACUUAUGCUGCAGAGCUCCCCCACCUCCCAGCAUGCAGUGUGUCUUUUCACACCUAGCCUUUCAGAGACCAUUAACAGAGAUGGACCACGGCAAGAUACCCAAGCUCCAGUAGUUCCAUAUUGGCGCCUGCCUGGUUUGGGGAUUAUCGUCUACCUACUGAAACAGAGUGCCAGUGAUUUCUUCACUUAUUAUGACAGUCACCGACGCAGUGUCAACAAGCUACAGAAUGUAGAGCAACUUCCACCUGAUGAGAUAAAAGAGUUGUGUCAGUCUGUGAUGCCUGCUGGUGUUGAUAAAAUCUCCACUGCCCAAAAAUACGUUCUAGCAAGAAGGCGUUUGGUGAAGUUGAUCAACAACCGAGCUAAACUGCUCUCCCUUUGUUCCUUUAUCAUAGAGACCUGCCUGUUUAUUUUUUGGCGCCACCUGGAGUACUACUUGUUACAUUGCACACCCACAGACUCUCAAGAUUCCUUGUUUGCCUCUAGAACUUUAUUUAAAAGCAGAAGAAUACAAGAUUCCUUCUCCUCAGAUGCCAAUCUGGAUUUUCGAAGUAUGCUGACUGUAGUGAGCCAACAUGAUCUAGACCAGCUUCAGUCUGGUGCUGUGAAUGCUUUUGGAGAAUCACUACAAAAGAAGCUUCUGGACAUUGAAGGACUGUAUUCAAAAGUCCGGUCUCGCCAUAGUUUCACCCAGGCUCUCGUGAGACGGAUCCGUGGGCUGCUGAGGAUAUCGAGGAGCUGAGCCUUGCUGACGCCGGGGAGAGGGCUGAGGACACUGCCUCCUUUUUAUAAAUGACUUUCUUUCUAAAUUAUGACCAAAAUAUUUUGAUAUUUCUUUCUUUAUAUAUAGACAUCUUUUCUGUACAUUUUUUGGUCUGAUUUCAUCUUCACAAAUAAAAAAUAAAUACUUUUUAAAAAAA